GGUGGAAACAGGAAGUUAAAAUUGAAAGUAACUUUUUCAGUCUCACAGAAUAAGAGUAUGAGGACGGCUGCUGGUUUAAUAGCUGUGUGUUUGCUGCUGUUGUGAUCUUCUGAUCCUCUGUGAGAGCAUUUAGCUGUUGUUGGUUCUGUGCCACCUUCCUUCCACCAGGUGAAAGUUUCUAUAUGGUCACCCUACUGAAAUGCUGAAAGUAACUCUCCUAAUACCUGUAAUGAACAUGUGAAGAUGAGAAAGAUAGGGAUGAAGUUCUUCCAUAUGGCAGUUCUGAUUUUCCUCUGUGGUAUAAAAUCUGAAUCAGAGAGUUUAAAUGUUGUUGGUCCAGAUGCUCCUCUUGUUGUUGAACCUGGUGAAGUCCUGGUUCUGCCCUGCUCUAUCCAACCCAACACCAGUGCUGUGGACAUGACUGUAGAAUGGUACAGAUUAGAUGCAGCAGAUAGAUUUGUGCAUCUGUACGAGAAUCAUAGAGACAUAAAUGAAAAGCAGGAUCAGAUCUACAGAGGAAGAACAGCACUGUUCAGAGAGGAGCUACAAAAAGGAAACACUUCACUCAGACUCUCAGACGUUCGAGUCUCUGAUGAAGGAGCUUAUAAAUGUUUCAUUAGGGACAAAUCCUGGUACGAUGACAUCACUGUUCAAGUCACUGUUGAAGUUCUGGGAACUGAGCCUGUGAUCACAAUGGAGGGCUAUGAUAAGUCAGGUGGGAUCAGUCUAGUCUGUGAGUCUAAAGGCUGGAACCCUGAACCUGAGGUUUUGUGGCUGAACAGUGAAGGAGUCAGUCUGAUUGCUGAAGAUACAGAGACACACAGAGACACUGAGGGCUUCAGAGUAAAAAGCCGCAUCACUGUUUAUAACUCAGACAGGAUCCACUGCAGACUUCUACAGAGACACCACCUGAGAGAGGCUGAGAUCAUCAUCACCAGUGAAAUUUUUCAUUUCUGGAAGUCUGCCAUCAUCACCAUACCAGUUUUAGUGGUUAUUGUUUUUGGACUGACAGCUGCAGUUAUUUAUCUUUAUAAAGAGAUUAAAAAGGAAAGGCUAUUUUCAGAGCUUCUGAAGAGGAAACAGCAUGCAGUGGACGUGAUUCUGGAUCCUGAUACAUCAAAUCCCUUUCUCAUCCUCUCUGAUGAUGGAAAACAAGUGAGAUGUGGAGACACAAAACAGACUCUUCCUGACAAUCCAGAGAGAUUUACAAAUUAUUGCAAUGUUUUGGGAAAGGAGGGAUUCUCCUCAGGGAGAUUUUACUAUGAGGUGCAGGUCAGUGGGAAGACUAAGUGGACAUUAGGAGUGGCCAGAGAGUCCAUUAACAGAAAGGGGGAGAUUACACUGAGCCCACAGAAUGGAUUCUGGACUGUGAUUCUGAGGAAUGGGAAUGAGUAUAAGGCUUGUGCUGAUCCCUCAGUUCUCCUCUCCCUGAGAGAGAAUCUCCAGAAGGUGGGGGUGUUUGUGGAUUAUGAGGAGGGUCUGGUCUCCUUUUAUGAUGUGGUGGCCAGGUCUCAUAUCUACUCUUUCACUGGUCAGUCUUUCACUGAGAAACUCUAUCCAUACUUCAGCCCCAGUCUUAAUGAUGGAGGAAAUGCUGAAAGUAACUCUCCUAAGGCCUGUAAUGAACACGUGAAGAUGAGAAAGAUAGGGAUGGAGUUCUUCCAUAUGGCAGUUCUGAUUGUCCUCUGUGGUAUAAAAUCUGAAUCAGAGAGUUUAAAGGUUGUUGGUCCAGAUGCUCCUCUUGUUGUUGAAGCUGGUGAAUUCCUGGUUCUGCCCUGCUCUAUCCAACCCAACACCAGUGCUGUGGACAUGACUGUAGAAUGGUUCAGAUUAGAUGCAGCAGAUAGAUUUGUGCAUCUGUACGAGAAUCAUAGAGACAUAAAUGAAAAGCAGGAUCAGUUCUACAGAGGAAGAACAGCACUGUUCAGAGAGGAGCUACAAAAAGGAAACACUUCACUCAGACUCUCAGACGUUCGAGUCUCUGAUGAAGGAGCUUAUAAAUGUCUCAUUAAGGACAAAUCCUGGUACGAUGACAUCACUGUUCAAGUCACUGUUGAAGUUCUGGGAACUGAGCCGGUGGUCACUAUGGAGAGCUAUGAUAACUCGGGUGGGAUCAGUUUAGUAUGUGAGUCUAGAGGCUGGAACCCUGAACCUGAGGUUUUGUGGCUGAACAGAGAAGGAGUCAAUCUGACUGCUGAAGAUACAGAGACACACAGAGACACUGAGGGAUUCAGAGUGAGAAGCCGCAUCACUGUUUAUAACUCAGACAGGAUCCACUGCAGACUUCAACAGAGACACCACCUGAGGGAGGCUGAGAUCAUCAUCACCAGUGAAGCUCUUCAUUUUUGGAAGUCUGCCAUCAUUACUAUAUCAGUUUUAGUGGUUGUUAUAGUUUUUGGACUGAUAACAGCUGCAGUUAUGUAUCACAAGAAAGAUGUACAGUGGAAAAUCCUAAAGAAAGAGAUUGAAAGUGAAAAAAUGAAAGCAGAGGAGCAGAAGAAAACGCUAGAGGAAGAGAUUAAAAAGGAAAGGCUAGUUUCAGAGCUUUUGAAGAGAAAACAGCAUGCAGUGGACGUGAUUCUGGAUCCUGAUACAUCAAAUCCCUUUCUCAUCCUCUCUGAUGAUGGAAAACAAGUGAGAUGUGGAGACACAAAACAGACUCUUCCUGACAAUCCAGAGAGAUUUACAAAUUAUUGCAAUGUUUUGGGAAAGGAGGGAUUCUCCUCAGGGAGAUUUUACUAUGAGGUGCAGGUCAGUGGGAAGACUAAGUGGACAUUAGGAGUGGCCAGAGAGUCCAUUAACAGGAAGGGGGAGAUUACACUGAGCCCAAAGAAUGGAUUCUGGACUGUGAUUCUGAGGAAUGGGAAUCAGUAUAAGGCUUGUGCUGGUCCCUCAGUCCUCCUCUCUCUGAGAGAGAAGCUCCAGAAGGUGGGGGUGUUUGUGGAUUAUGAGGAGGGUCUGGUCUCCUUUUAUGAUGUGGAGGCCAGGUCUCAUAUCUACUCUUUCACUGGUCAGUCUUUCACUGAGAAACUCUAUCCAUUCUUCAGCCCCUGUCUUAAUGAUGGAGGUAAAAACUCAGCUCCACUGAUCAUCACACCUGUCACUCAUGAUGAUUAAAUACCUGCUAUCAAAUGUUUAUAAAUAAACUACAGGAGUAAAUGCAAUGUCCUGUUAUAUUUGUUUUUGUUCUGU